GCGGAGCCGCGCCGGAGCCGCGGGUCCCCGCUGGAGCGCAGGGGCCGUCUAGAGCCGGGCGCGUCGCCCAAACCGGGACCCGCGUCCCUUGACUCUCCCCGCGUCCCGGCCUGCCGGGAGACUGCUUAUCUGUUGACGUGCUUGGGGGAUCCGGACGUGGCUCGGCUUGGAGCGCGCCCCGCGACCUGUAGGACUCCAGCCCUGGCAGCGGCGGCCGCUCGCGCCCUCGGAGGACUCGGCUGGCUAGGGGCGCGCGGGUGUCGGUGUGAGCCGCGGGUCGGCCGGAGGUCGCUUUGGAGGAGGGUCGGCGGAGAGGAGGUCUAGGAGUCUCAGACCGUGAAGCAUGGAGGAGAAGGAUUCCAAGCCCAGCGAGGCGGCGGCGGAGGCGCAGAGGCAGCCGGAAUCCAGCCCCGGCGGUGGCACGGGCGGCGGCAGCAGCCCGAGCGAUGCGGACACCGGCCGCCGGCGGGCUCUGAUGCUGCCCGCGGUCCUGCAAGCGCCGGGCAACCACCAGCACCCGCACCGCAUCACCAACUUCUUCAUCGAUAACAUCCUGCGGCCCGAGUUCGGCCGCCGAAAGGACGCGGGGACUUGCUGUGCCGGCGCGGGCGGAGCAAGAGGCGGCGAGGGCGGCGCUGGCGGUACGGAGGGAGGCAGCGGCGCGGGCGGAGCCGAGCAGCUCCUGGGGUCUGGCGCCAGGGAGUCCCGACCGAACCCAGCGUGCGCACCCAGCGCCGGAGGGCCUCUCUCCGCCGCCGCCGGCGACUCUGCGGCCGACGGAGAAGGUGGCUCCAAGACGUUGUCGCUGCACGGCGGUGGGAAAAAAGCCGGCGACUCCGGGGGUUCGUUGGAUGGAGCGCUCAAGGCCCGGGGCUUGGGCGGCGGUGACCUUUCGGUGAGCUCGGACUCGGACAGCUCUCAAGCCAGCGCCACCCUGGGCGCGCAGCCCAUGCUCUGGCCGGCUUGGGUCUACUGCACGCGCUACUCUGACCGGCCUUCUUCAGGUCCCAGGUCCCGAAAACCAAAGAAGAAGAACCCCAACAAAGAGGACAAGCGGCCACGCACGGCCUUCACCGCUGAGCAGCUGCAGAGGCUCAAGGCAGAGUUUCAGACCAACAGGUACCUGACUGAGCAGCGGCGCCAGAGCCUGGCACAGGAGCUCAGUCUCAAUGAGUCUCAAAUCAAGAUUUGGUUCCAGAACAAGAGGGCCAAAAUUAAGAAAGCCACAGGCAACAAGAACACCCUGGCGGUGCACCUCAUGGCGCAGGGUCUGUACAACCACUCCACCACGGCCAAGGAGGGCAAGUCGGACAGCGAGUAGGGGGAGCAGGGCGGGCAGGCCGGCCAGGUCUAGGGCCGUGCAAAACAAUGCAAUAAUUUAAAAACCGUGAACAAAGGGCCAGUGUAUAAAGAUUAUACCAGCAUUAUCUGUGAAAAAUCCCAUGUAUUAGCUAUGGUUCUACAAAAAUCUGUGUAUAUAUAAUUUACAGGUGGUGUAAAAUCCAAAAUAUCUGACUAUAAAAUAUUUUUUGAGUUUUUUGUGUUCAA